UGUGCCAAGUACAAGCGAACUAAGUUUGUUCAAGGAAACUAUCGAUUUCAAAAAUAUUGUUACAAUCGAGAUAAUAAAUCAAAUAUGUGGCGUGCUGGAGGACCGCGCUGUCAUUUCCAAGUAAUAAUUUAAUAAUCAGCGAGGGAUUGAUCGACCUUUUGUUGCUCUUUAAUGAAAGCAACGAGUCUGGCCCAUGACGUACGACCAUCCAAACAACAAUGCUGUGAUAUUCAAGAAUGAAAAAAUGAAGAAACGAUGCCGAUCCUGCUGCAACGUCUGCCUCCUACUCCUAGGAAUAGCACUAAUCGGUUUAGGACUCGCAAUUUUCGCAUAUUUUGAACCUCUUUACGAUUAUAUGAUGACAAGUGCCAUGACUUUCACACCAAAGACUGAGCCGUUCAAAGUAUGGAGAAAAAACGACCCGCCCUUGGACAUGGACAUCUACCUCUUCAACUGGACCAACCCUCAGGAUCUACACAUCCCUGGUGUCAAACCCAAAUUCCAAGAAAUCGGUCCUUACAGAUUCAAGGAAGUGAAGGAGAAAAUCAACAUCACGUGGCAUGAUAACAACAACACCAUCAGCUACAGGCACAAAAAAACCUACUUUUUCGACGCGAAAAACAGCGUACGACAGCUGGAUGACGUCAUAAGCACAAUAAACGUCGUGCCUUUGGCAAUAGCGUACAAAGCCCGCCAUUUUGGUUUUUUCUCCAAACGCACAAUUUCCUACUCCCUGUCGUCGUUAUCUAGUUUAUACGUGACUAAAACGGCCGGUGAGAUCCUCUUCGAUGGUUACAAGGAGAGCAUUUUGAGCAUACUAAGUACCGUACCGUUGGCGGGAGUCGUUGAUAAGUUCGGAUUGUUUUACGGGAAAAAUAACUCAAUGGGCUCUGAUGGAGUUUUCAGCAUGUGGACAAAAGUCGAUGAAGAUUUCGGAAAAAUCGUCACGUGGAACUACAAAAACGAAUCGGAGUUUUACGAAGGGGAGUGUAACGCCGUUAAGGGAUCAGCGGGGGAGUUUUACCCCAUUAACCAGAAGCGGGAUUACAUAGAACUUUUCUCCUCCGAAUUGUGCAAAUUCGCUAAACUCGAAUACGAAAAAGACGUCAACGUGAAAGGAGUCUUAGGGUACAAAUACACGGCUCGACACAUCUUCGACAAUGGGACGUUGCGACCGGAAAAUAAGUGUUUCUGUUCGGGCGAUUGUCACCCUUCUGGUGUUUUCAACGUUUCCAAAUGUCGGGAAAACUCGCCGACUUUUCUAUCAAUGCCCCAUUUUUACGGUGCUGAUCCUUAUUAUUAUAAUGCCAUUGAGGGAUUAAAACCGGAGGACAAACACGAAUUUUACAUCACUUUGGAACCGAAGUCGGGAAUAGUUGUGGAUAUCGGGGCCCGGAUGCAAGUCAACGUUCUUUUGCAGCCAAUCGAACACAUCACCAUGUACGCCGACGUCCCGAAACUCUUCAUCCCUUUGUUCUACUUCGACCAGAGCAUCCCCGCCACCGACGAAUUAGCUUCUCUCCUGAUCCAAAUCCAGAAUCUUCCGGAAGUGAGCAACAUUGCCGUUUUGAUAUUAGUCACUUUAGGCCUCGCUUCGUUCGUAUGGGUGGUCGUAAUGUACUGUUGGUCAAAAAAGCGAAAACACAAAACCGAAUUGAAAAUACCUCAAAAUAGCGUAACCGUCGAAGAAAUACCGCUUCGUUGUUGAAAGCUGAAUUUUUAUGUUUACGAUACACUUUUACGGUGUAAUACGAUAAUUAUUGUUAUUUUAGUUUUUAUUUAUAUUAAAGACGUUAAAAGUA